AAACAGUUUGACCAAAAAACUAAAAGAAUUUGUAAAACAGAACACCUAAUGGCGUCGGGGAAGCUUCCGUGGGAUUUGGAGGAAGAGAUACUGUCUCGGCUUCCACCUCGAUCUCUUGUUCGGUUCAGAUCCGUAUGUAAACACUGGAACGAUCUUUUCUACGAUAAGAGCUUUGUCAAAAAGCACUUGAGUCGUACCCGUACCCAAUUCAUCUUCCUGACCGAAUCGAAGAAGAUGUACUCGAUAGACAUCGAUAUGGGCGGAACGAUAGAGGUGCGUGAGCUAUCCUAUGACUUUCAUUGUCAGCCUAUGAAGACGAAAUUUACAACUAUCAUGGCUUGCGAUGGGUUAUUGUUUCGUGAAAUUUGGAAACAAGGUGUUGCGGUUUGGAAUUCGUGGUUGAGACAGGUUGGAUGGAUCGAGUACGAGGAUAAAGGUUUCCAUAUUUUUGGUGUAGGAUACGAUAGUUGUAGACCCGAAAAGGGUUACAAGAUCUUGGGGUAUAUUAAUUGUAUCCGUAGAGUCAGCGACUCUCUCCAGGAAGGUUAUUACAAAGUUGCGAUCUACGAGUGUGCAUCUCAGGCGUUGAAGUUUAUUGAUACCCCUUUCAACCACUGGCCCACCAAGGAUCCUUUGUCCCUGAACGGGAAUCUUUAUUGGCUUGCUCAUAAUCGCGAGACUCUUGAGUAUUUCAUCCAAACCUUUGAUUUCUCGAUGGAGAUAUUCAAACCCUUUUGUCUCCUGCCGUGUCAGAUGGACUAUUGUAGCAAUGAAGUGGGAAAUAACGAGAGAAAGUGUAAAAAUGAUUUAGACAUGUUGAAAAUGUUGUAGCAGAAAAGCUCAUCAGGAGAAGUUCUCGAUCUGAACCAAGGUAUGAGAAGUGCGAGGAAGAGAAUGAAUGGCUUUGAUUAAAUGGCAUAAAGAUAGAAAUGAAAAAAAGAUGGUAUCAAAGUGGUUUCAAUUCAUCAAUUGUUUGUCUAUUUCACCUUGCUUCCCUUUUCUGGACAUUCAUGUUUGUCCACCUGCUUCUGUAUUUCAUCCGUGGUUUAUCUUUAUGGAAAUUUCAGUGAAAAAAAAGAAAGAAAAACAGAGGAGGACCCUUUUACGGACAAUGAAAUUAAAAGUCAAGUCUUCUUCUUGACUUUUUCAGACAUAA